AUGUUUCAACUCGCAGACUUGAGCGUUCAGGCUAAUUCUCCAUGCCAACCGGAUCAGAUUACAAUCAAAGAUCCAAAAACUGGUUCGAUUCAGUGCCAGGACUGUUUGAAAUGUCCACCUGGCGAGGGUCUCUCAGUCGAUUGCGGAGAAGUAAUAACCCCUUCGACACCUGUGCAGUGCAAGCCAUGUGUGCUGGGAGAGACAUAUUCUGCUUCCCUCAAGGCCGGAGCUUGUGAGGACUGUGGAAAUUGCGGUGAGUACCGCGAAACUACAAAAGCCUGUACGGUAACUUCCAAGGCCGUGUGUGGAAGGUGCAAGUCUGGCGCAUAUGCAGAGGGCAUUCUGGGACUGUGCAAGCCCUGCUCUCCGUGUUGUAAUGAUGGUAAAGAUAUCGUUAUACCUGAGUGCCAAGUUCUAGGUGUACCAACAGGCAUGCAGUGCAGCUACCUACGAUCCAACAAGUGCAGCGCAUUGGUGACAUCAACUAUUAGCCCGACGCCGUCAACCCCACAAGAUCAGUCCAUAACCCCAUGGUGGCCAUCCUCUUCUACAACGAGCACCGAAGUAAUCUCUUCUCCAAGUGAGCCAGCCGUCAACCUGAUUGAAGAGAAUUCACCAAAUGUGGGCGUCAUAGCUGGUUCUGUUGUGGGCGGCCUCCUUGUUGCCAUCACGAUCCUCGUCGUCGCGUGCCGCAAAGUUAUGCGUAAACGCCGGAAGGCUACAGUGGAAGACGGAGCUGGUCAGACGCAAAAUUGCGAACAAGGAAAUUAUCAAGAAGUAACUCGGGAACAAAUAGAGGAUAGAGUCUUUCUGCAUGAAGAUAGCCCACUUCCACAUCCCACUCAAGAGGAAGCUGGUGAUAAUAGUUCGGAAAAAAAAGGAGUGCAGGAGACCACGUCUCCUCUAUCAGGCCAGAAUAGUUUAGUUUCAGAUUCUAAACUUGACGGGUCUGUGGUGAAGCAGUAUACUAAAUCGUCUAAAAAGCAAGUAUACAGUCUCCCCAAUGUUGUCACAAAGACGACCACUGUCACGAUGUUCAAGAUCACCGAUGAGAAGGUCACUACGGUUUGA